CAGUGCAGCCAUCAGGAUGCUGGGUCGGCUGCUCGCCGUGUCCGCCGCUCUGUGGCUCCUGGCGGCGCCCGCGGCUCCCGAGCGCGUGGCCAGCGCCACCCCCACCAGCCCCACCGCCGACCAGCCCCAGCAGCAGAGGCACAUCAGCCUGCCCGACGUUCUGGACCCUACUGGGGUUGUCGGGCACAUCGGUGAGACCUUGGGCCAGGCGGGGCGCGUCCUGGGCCUCCGCAUCGCCGACACCGUCGCCGACCUGGUGAGCAGCGCGUUCAGCCACAGCCCUGCCAAGACGCACUUCCCGCAGCCGCCGUGGACCCGCGGCGACCCCGGCGUGGCCCCGGUGCCGAUGUCGGGCCCGUACAACCAGUACAACCCCCCGCAGCAAGCGGCGCCCAUGGCGGCGACCCCCUCCGUGCUGGGCGGCAUCCUCAGGCUGCUCGGCCUCGACUCCAGCAAGCUCGGCGCCAUCGCCCUCAACGGCGUCAUCUUCCUCGCCCAGCUCAUCAGCAGUUCAUUCGGCGCUCGGCCGGGCGUGGCGACGCACGGCAGGUCGAGAGGUGCGGCCAGCGGCGCCACGGCGGAUGGCGACGCCCAGCAGGGCGCGGCCGACGAGGCGGACGUCACCGCUGAAGAGGACCUCGACGAGGAGCCCGCCGGUACACCGCUCUCCUGGAUCUUGGACAACCCCGCCGUCAAGAGGGUUAAAGUCAAAAUUGCGCUAGGUCGAAUUCUGACUUUCCGUCUUGAAGAGUUACAUCCACCCACCAUGGCAGACCUUAGAAGUGCCGUUGUGAGGUCUGCUUGCAAGGUAAAACUUCACCAAAGCACAAGUGAUGAAGCAGGAAAAGAGGCGGAAAGGACCUGGAGGACCGUGGACUGUUGGUUGUGGGACCUUCACAUAGCUUCACAAUGA